AUGCAAGUCAUUUAUAGCACAAAGUAUUUAGUAUCUCCUGUGACAACAGGUGAUUUCAGUGGUGGUAGUAGAAUUCAUUUGGCUAUGAGACACAACCACGAUAACACAGUCGAUAUACUACUCCGCAACGCGGUCAGAACAAUUCAAAAUCAAGUCAUACAUGGAACUGGGCGUAAUUCUGAAUCGAUGACCACGGGCGAUUUUAAUAUAUAUGAUAACGGUGAUACCACGGUGAUGGUGAUGGAACAUUUCCGAGUCAAGAGACGUGUAGAACAGGGUAUUCUGUAUCUCGUGUAA